GUAGUGCGCACACCCGGAAGCYUCGAAAGAUGAUGGAAGUUUACACUCUCCUUCUAACAACAAAGUGAUAUAAAAAUCAAAAUACACGACGCUACGUCCCACCGUAUUGMGUCUGAAGAUGAGUGAGAGUGAAAAGCGAAAGGACCCUGCAGACCUGAAGGAGGAGGGAAACGCCCUCUUUAAAGCAGGAGACAUGCAGGGAGCUGUCUGCUGUUACACCAAAGCACUAAAGCUGACUGAUAASCAGGCUGACAGUGCUGUUCUGUACCGUAACCGCUCCGCUUGCUACCUGAAGCUGGAGGAGUACAGCAAGGCAGAAGCUGAUGCCACCAAAGCACUUGAUACGGACCCAGGAGAUGUGAAAGCCAGGUUUCGACGGGCUCAGGCUUUCCAGAAGCUUGGUCAGUUUGAACAGGCUUUUCUAGACGCUCAGAGAUGUGCCCAACUGGAGSCCAAAAAUAAAGCUUUCCAGGAUUUGCUUAGACAGCUAGGAGCCCAGAUCCAGCAAAAGUCAGCACAGCUAAACUCCACAGAUGCUCGCGUGCAGCAAAUGUUCUCCCUCCUCUUAGAUGCUUCCGCUAAGGACUCCGAUCGACAGAAGGCCGCUCAGAAUCUGGUGGUAUUGUCUCGAGAUGAGGCGGGAGCUGAGCAGAUUUUCCGAAACGACGGAGUAAAGCUGAUUCAGAAACUUCUUCAGUCGAAGCAGGAGGAUGUUGUCCUUUCUGCCCUCAGGACUUUGGUUGGGUUGUGCACAGGACAUCAGUCAAGAACUAUGGCUAUAGUGAACGAGCUGGGAAUGGAGCAGCUGUGCGCAGUAAUGGGGUCAGGAGUUUCCACUGUGUCUCUGGCUGCCUGCCACCUGCUGCAGGUGAUGUUUGAAGCUCUGACAGAGGGCAUGAACAGAGAGAUCAGGGGGAAGGAUGAGGCCAUACUCCCUGAGCCAUCUAAGGAACUACGGUCGAUGUUGCGCCACCUUUUGGAGAUGAUGCCAGCGRCUAGUGUGUCGGGGCCGGGCCGAGACAGCGCCAUCAACCUCCUGGUCAAGCAAGUCCCCCGCAAGUCUUUGAAAAAUCCAGACAACUCCCUUACAUUGUGGGUGAUAGACCAGGGGCUUAAGAAAAUUCUACAAGUGGCUGGGACCAUUCCUGAGCUCUCAGAGGGUCCGCCUCUUACAGACAACACUCACAUGACCUGCUCCGUGCUGCUCAGCAAACUGUAUGAUGACCUAAAUAGUGACAAAGAGAGAGAGAACUUUAGCAAACUAUCUGAAGAAUAUGUUCAGCAACACUUUAGCCGACCUGGCCUAGACGGCAAGCUGCGCGCCAUCCAGACGGUGUCGGUGCUCCUUCAAGGUCCGAGCGACGUGGGCAACCGAGCUCUGGAAAUGUCAGGAAUGAUGGCCGCCGUGAUCUCCCUCUGCGCCUCCGAAGACGCGAGUCACCAGCAGAUAGCUGUGGAGGCCCUCAUCCACGCCGCGGGCAAAGCCAAGAGAGCCUCCUUCAUCACGACAAACGGCGUGGCCCUCCUCAAGGACCUCUAUAAGAAGAGCGAGAACGAACAGAUCCGCGUGAGAGCCCUCGUGGGCCUGUGCAAGCUCGGGUCAGCGGGAGGGACAGAUUUCAGCAUGAAGCAAUUUGCCGAGGGAUCGACUCUCAAGCUCGCCAAGCAGUGCAGGAAGUGGCUGUGUAACGAGUCCCUGCCUGCAACCUCCCGUCGCUGGUCAGUGGAAGGUCUUGCCUACCUCACUUUUGAUGCUGAUGUGAAGGAAGACUUGGUGGAAGACAGAAAUGCUCUGCUGGCCAUGUUUGAACUAGCAAAGUCUGAAGAUAAGACUGUGCUUUUUGCUGUGGGCUCUACGUUAGUGAAUUGCACCAACAGCUAUGARGUGGAGAAGCCAGACCCUCAGAUGGUGGAGCUGGCCAAGUACGCAAAGCAGCAUGUUCCUGAGGAGCAUCCUAAGGAUGCACCUUCYUUUGUGGAAAAAAGGGUAGUUAAGCUGCUGGAAGCUGGUGUGGUGUCUGCACUUGUGUGCAUGGUUAAACAGGAGAGUCCUGCCCUCACCGAGGCUUGUAAGGAAUGUAUUGCCAGGGUGUUUUUGGCUUUGGUGGAGCGGCAGGAAGACAGAGGCACAGUGGUGGCACAAGGUGGAGGAAAGGCUUUGAUUCCUCUUGCAACUGACAACACUAAUAUAGGAAAAGUGAAAGCUGCUCAAGCCUUAGCAAAAAUAGCGAUUACAUCGAACCCAGAYAUUGCCUUUCCAGGAGAGAGGAUCUAUGAGGUUGUUCGCCCACUCGUGAACCUUUUGAGUCUAGAGUGCACCAUGUUGCAGAACUUUGAAUCUCUAAUGGCUCUCACCAARCUGGCUGGCAUCAGUGAAAGACUCAGACAAAAACUCAUAAAAGAGAAAGCCGUACCAAAAGUUGAAGGUUACAUGUUUGAGGAACACGACCUGGUCCGAGCGUCUGCUACAGAGUGCAUGUGUAAUUUGGUUUUGAGUACAGAGGUGCAGAAGUUGUACUUGGCCACAGGCAACGAUCGGCUGAAGCUGCUUGUGCUUUACAGCGGUGAAGAUGACGAAAGGCUUCGAAAAGCUGCUGCAGGAACUCUGGCCAUGCUGACAGCUGAGCAGUCUGAGCUCUGCGCCCGCAUCCCCGGAACUACGACACAUUGGCUAGAGAUCAUUCAGGCUCUGCUGCUCAGUGAACUCCCUGACCUACGUCAUCGUGGAGUGGUCAUCGUUAAAAACAUGAUGGAGGCAGAGAAAAGUCUGGCUGAGACUCUCAUAGAGAGCGAAGUCCUGGAGAUACUUUCUGUGCUCGCAAAGGGAGGAGAGGGGACCCCAGAUCCUGUCUCAAAGAUUGCUCAGAGCUGUUUGGAUAAAGCUGUGGAGUACGGCAUCAUUCAAAGCAGGGAGGAGAAGGCCUGAAAAGUGCAGCUGCGGUGUGUGGAUGUGCCUUUGAAGUGCUUUGAAAAUUAUUUUGGGCAUUGAAGUCAUUUUAUUGUUGACAGAAAGGGAUUUUUUUAAACAAAAAUGAUUAAAAAGCCAAAAACAAAAUUAAGACUUUUGAUGACAACCAGUGGUCAAAAUGUUUUGCCACAAUGAAAUUUGGACUUCCAACCUCCCAUUCACAGAAAUUUUAAAGUUGUAAAGAGUGGUAUUCUGCUGCUCAGAGCUUGAGUGAAUCCGAUCCAAUUGCUAAAAAGUUACUUCCAUAUCUAGUAAGUCCAAAAACUUCACAGCAUUUGACUUAUUUAAUCUAUGAGGCACAGCAUUCCUACUAUUUUUCAUUAUCACCUUUUAAAUGCUGUCAAAUUGUUUGUUUUCUUUUGUACUUUUCCCAAAUAUGCAUAUUUUUCUUGUCGACCAGUAAGGUUGUUUCAGACUUUGUCUUAUUUUCUCUUGACCAAAUACGAUUUUUUUUUAUUUAGACAAACCUGUACACAAACUUAAAUUAAUGCACAUCUGUGUCUAAUGUUUUUCAGUUUUCUACCAUUACUAAUUAAGUUUAUUGUGCACUUUUGGUUUCAACAUUUAACGUAAUGUUAUAUUAAUCACUUUUCACUACAUUCCAAGUAUAUUAAUUUAUGGUUUGCUGUUUCAUCAUCCACAGACUGAACACUUGGACUGAAAAAUACAUYUUUUGUACUGGCAUUUAAUGUAUCAGCAGUUUUUUGCCACCUUACUUUCCACAUUGUAGGAUGUAGAAUUUUGUGCAUUUUGUAGAACAAUAACAUCUUCACAGAACUUAAAU